GCUGUUUUGAAUUGUUCACGUUCUUAUGCACUUUGUAUAUGCCAGUGUUAUAAGAUCUCAGAGCUUUUUAAAUAAAUGGUUCAUUUGACAACAGAGAAAUGUGUGGUAUGAACAAAGUUGUGGAGUUUCUUUUAUAUAAAUAAAUGACCUAAAAACUGACCUAUAAGCUUUAGGAAUGUAAAUGUAACCUAUUUCCCAGUGUUUUUUUUUUUUUAAGUCAUCAGCAGUUGUAUUGUAGUCACUUUUUUACUACAUUCUUACAUAACAUAAUGGCUAUAGUUAAACUUUCACUGAAGCUGUGAUUGGUCUGCUCAGCAAAGGAAAAUGUUACAUUUCCUGCCAGAAUGUACAUUGGAAACAGCUCUCAUUGCUUACUGAUGAUGUUUUUAUCACCAAAAUACAAAUUUUAAUAUUGCAUAUAGUUAUUUAUGAAUAAGUGCAUGUGCAAUGAUUAGUGUAAUUCUGAAUUAUAUACCUUCAUUGUAAUAAAUGAUCUAAAAAUUACACAUUAAUUUCCCCCCUUGGUAAAACAUCAAUAGACAGGUGGCAUGGUUGGCUAGAAUAGACACACCCACUCAUGCAGAGCAUAUAAGACAUUUCUCUCAUUGUACAGGACUUCGUCUCCAUAUGAUCAGCCUCAGAUCAUACAUUAAGGAUACAAAGUCUGAGGGAUCCUGAUCUAAAUCACCAUGGCCAUGUCUAUCCUCACCCAUGUUUUGGCUGGCCUGUUUGGCAUGGGCUCUUGGGUCACCAUCUGUGGUCUGUGGGUGGAGCUGCCUCUAAUCGUUCCUCAGGUACCUGAAGGUUGGUAUCUUCCCUCCUACAUCUCCAUUAUUGUCCAACUGGCCAACAUCGGACCUCUGUUUGUCACAAUAAUGCAUCGCUUCCGCCCAGGAGUGCUGAACGAAACUGCAGUUAUCUAUUUUAUUGUUGGUUUUGGGAUACUUGUAAGCCUUUUUCUGGCUUUUUUCUGGAGUGAGACGGUAGUGGUGCAAGGUGUGGAGCGCAGCGUUCCUCUCCUGCUCCUCAUCUUCUUCAUCUCAAUAGUGGACUGCACCUCUUCGGUGACCUUCCUUCCCUUUAUGAUGCAGCUCAAGGCAGAGUAUCUCAUAACUUACUAUGUAGGAGAAGGCCUGAGUGGUCUUGUCCCAGCUUUAGUGGCGAUGGUUCAAGGUGUAGGUGUUGUGGAAUGUGUCAAUGCAUCUCAAAUCCUCAAAUCCAAUGAAACACAUCUUAACGGAUCUGAAAGAGACACUAACUACCUUGUGGCUCACUACCAACCAGCUAACUUUUCAGUUGAAGCCUAUUUUUUCUUCCUGAUGGCUAUGAUGGUGGUUUGUUUGGUGGCGUUCAUACUUUUGAACUACCAUCCAGCUGUGGCGCGUGAGCGUCCCAAUAACAUAAAUGGAAAUGGAGAUCCCGUCUUGCGCUGGAAAAACAAGAAAUCUGAACAGAAACCAAUGAUGCAUCCUGGAAAGGCCAUUCAGAAGCCCAGGAGCAUGUUUGGGACAGGGACGCACACAUGGAUGGAAGUGAUAUACAUCUACAUUAUCCUGGCAUGGGUGACCGCUCUGACUAAUACCGGUUUGCCAUCAGUGCAGUCGUACUCAUGUUUACCAUAUGGAGACCAGGCCUAUCACUGGUCAGCUACUAUGGCGAAUGUUGCCAAUCCUAUAGCUUGUUUCAUCAGCAUGUUUUAUACUCAAAGGUCCUUGGUGUUGAUGGGAGUCCUCACUUCUAUCGGAUCUUUUAUUGGAGUUUACAUUAUGGGCAUGGCUGUGUUGAGUCCAUGUCCACUGCUAGUCAAUGAGACCUCUGGAGUCGUGAUUAUUGUGUUGGCGUGGUUCUUUUUUAUCUUCAUCCUAUCUUACAUAAAGGUGAUUGUUGCUGUCAUCUUGCGAGAUGAAGGCCACAGCGCCCUUGUGUGGUGUGGAGCUGUAGUGCAGUUGGGCUCAAUGUUGGGGGCGGUGACUAUGUUUCCUUUGGUCAAUGUAUAUGACUUUUUCACCUCAGGUGACCCAUGUAACACUAAUUGUCUAUGACAUAUGGGUUCUGUAAAUAAUAUUAAAAUUAAUUCUAAUAUUAUUACUAUUAAUUCUUAAUCGUGGAGCGUAUGUAACAUAUUAUUAUUCAAUAUAUUGUUUUAUAUUGAUCAUUCUGUAUACUAUGCAGAUGUUUUACUACACAUAUUAACAUUGUUUUUUAAGUGUUUUAUGCUGAUUCCCUGAUUUGGUAUGAUUCCCUGAUAUGCUGAUCCCCCCUUUAUUUGCUUUCUUGUCCAUUUAUUUGUUUUUAACAUCCUAAACCAUGACUCGUUUGGAGUAUGUUCAAUGCCAGAGUUGCCAGAAUCGUCCACUAGGAGGCGGUAACGCUCUACAGUGAAUGGAGAAUAGUUUUACUAGCUGACCUCAAACUACACUUGUUUGGUUGGGAGGUGGGGGUGGGGGGAGGCAAAUGCAUAAGUAACACAUGCAUUGGAUUUUCUACUAUGGAUAAUAAGCAGGAAGGUUUCAUUCGUCCCCUUAACAAUGGUCUAAAUGAUCUAAAAUGUUUAUAUUGAGUAAUUCAUCAGAAACAUUUGCUUGAGUUACCUUUAAAACAACUGUUUAGUUGUUAGAAAAAAAUAGAAAAUACAACAUCAAAAAAGAGAAAAGACAAGAUCACUUUUUUAGGUUUCUUUCCUUAAAAAAAAUAUUGUUAAUGAUUCUACAUGAUUAUUUGAACGUAUAAACAGCUCUAGUUUCUGUUAAUAAAAAAUAAAAUAAAAAACUGGAAAACAAGCUCAUAUUUUUGUAAUCCUCUCACCAGAAGAAGACGAAAAAGAAACAGCCUUUGCAGGGUGGUCUUUGAUAUUGACUUUGACAAUGAGGGUCUUAAAGUUAGAACAUUUUAUUAUGCUAAGACAAUGAAUUGGGUAGGGUAUUAAAGAUCUGCAGUGUUAUAGAUUUAUUUCAUUGCAAUUUCAAGAAAAUUCAUAGUCUUAAGUCACAUCUGCAACUGCUGAUAUUCUAAUAAACGACUACAGAUGAAAACAGUCUGGACAGAACAUCCACCAUCAUGCUUUGAUCCAGCGAUCACAUUAUCAAGGGAGAGAGGAUAAUGGGAGGACGACAGUUAUUUGCAUUAGGAUGUGGAGGGAGUUCAGACUCACAGCUCUUCACUCCACGGGACAGUUUUCACACAAUGAUAACUGUGACCGUUAGCAAAGGCCAUCUGACUUCUUGGCUCUCUAACAAUCCUCACCCAGGCAGCCAACUAAUAGAGUGGCUAUUUCUGGGCACUGGCUUUGAUGAUCCACCCUACCCUGACUGUGCGUUGUCACCAUGGCUGUGUGAACGGGGAUUCAAACCCAUGGAAAAUAUUCCUGUCUGCCUGGCGGGUGUCAUAGGGUGCUUGGCUUAAAGCCUGGAUACAACAGCUGCUUCUACUUUGAUCCAUUAGUUACUACUCUGGAAGUUCAGCUCUCCUGUGCACACGGGGAAGAGAUCUUAAGCAUUUUUUCAUGAUUCUGUUUCAGACGAUACUGCCGCAUUUUUAAUGAGCCGUUGGUUCUAGGGUUGAAACUAGAUCUGUGAAACUGAAUUUUCAGUCAGGGUUUUAUACUCUUUAAAAGUUUGGACAAAAGACUUGUCAAAUAAAUUAUCUCCAGUUUUUAUUCUCUAUGAUUUUUAGGACCAAUAAGAAACAUCUUGAAGUA